AUGUACGACAAGGGAGCAGAUGCAUAUGAAAACGGGACUGAUGCAUACGAUAGGGGAACAGAUGCAUACGAAAGAGGAACAGAUGCAUAUGAAGAGAGAGAGGAGGAAAGGUCUGAUAGAGAAGUUGUAGGAAG